GUGGCCAUCAGGAAGAGAUCUAAAGUGCCUGGUGUUAUGAUCACACAGUAUGUUGAAGAACUGCCUCCUGAAAAAACCACUCCGGAUUUCACUAGAAAACCUAUUGCCUUAACUAUCCAGGAAGGAAAAUUGGCCAUAUUCAAAGCUGUUGUGAAUGGAGAUCCAGCCCCGGAGGUCACAUGGGGACGAAACAAGGGAGAAUUGUCGGAUUCAGGGAAAUAUAAAACAAGAUUUGAUGAAAGGAAUCAAGAAUAUAUCCUGGAGAUGCCGAAUGUGUCUUCAGAGCAAGCAGACACAUACAAAUGCAUCGCCAUAAAUUCAUUUGGUAAAGCUGUUUGUACUGCUACAUUGAAUGUCAUUGAGGUUGGAUUCAAGAAGAGAGCACCAGCCCCCAAAAAUGACCCAGAGGAUUUUCGAAAAAUGUUGAAGAAAACAGUUGUGACGAGAAAACAAAAGCAGUGGAAGGAGGGAGAAAUCGAUCCAAGGUUCUGGGAGGUGUUAUUGAGUGCAAACAAGAUCGAUUAUGAGCAUAUUUGUCUUGAAUAUGGAGUCACCGACUUCCGGUGGAUGCUGAAGAUACUUAAUCAAAUGAAGAUGGAGAGAGAUGCGGAGCAGUCGAAGUAUGUUGAGAAAAUCCACAGAAUGAAACAGAUUGAGGUCAAAACGGAUGGAACGGCAAAAUUUGAACUCGACAUGAAGUUGAAGGAUCCUAGCAGUAAAAUCUCUCUUUUCAAAGAUGGAAAAAUGCUUGACUAUGGAGUUGGAAAUGAUGACUCCAAAAAACAUAAUAUGCAAAAAUUAGAUGAAACAUUCUUGUUCAGCAUUAAAGAUCUUGGCCCAGAAGAUGCUGGGUUAUACCAAGUGGAUGUUGAAGAAGCCAACGUGUUCUCCACUGCCCUAAGCCUACCUGAUGUGGAAUUUGACAGCACAUUGAAGGACACGACAGUGGUUCAGGGUCAGGAUGCAAUGUUUAUGUGUGCUCUAUCUGCACCUGUACCAAAAAUCACCUGGUGCGCCAAUGACGUCUCCUUUGAGCAUGGAGAUAAAUAUGACGUCACAGUCUCUGAAAAUAAACAAGUCCACAAGUUAACCGUGAAGAACUGUAAACCAGAGGAUAAGGGAGUCUACUCUGCCAUUGUUGGACUCAAGUCGAGCCACGGGACCUUGGUUGUGGAUGACCCUGGAGUUCACUUUCUGAGUGGCUUGUCUAACACCAAAGCCAAUGUGGGAGAAUCAGCAGAGCUGUCCUGCAAACUGAGCAGUGAAGAUAGUGCUGGAAUGUGGUACAAAGAUGGCAAAAAGUUAGAAUCUAAGGACGGAAUUACAGUUGUCAAAGAUGGUCCUCAUCACAAACUCAUCAUCAGCAUCUGCCAGGACAAAGAUUCAGGAACAUACAAGUUUGAGGCAGAAGGACGUAAAACCCAGGCAACAUUAACCAUUGAAGAUCCUGCGAGAAUUGACGCUGAAGCUUUGGGUAAAUUCUCACAGCCUGUUAUUGUAAAAGCAGGAGAGAACGCAUCCUUCAAGGUCCAGUUCUCAGGGAAAGAUCCGAUUAAGAUUCAAUGGUUUCAAGAGGAUGAAGAGCUUCUAGAGGGUCACGGUGUCAAAAUCGAGAGGUCCUCGACUCACAGCCGCCUGCGUCUCGCCAAGUGCCAACGCAGAGACACAGGAGAGAUCAAAAUUAAAAUCAGGAACGAAUUUGACAGUGUGGCGGCAACGUCACAACUUAUUGUGCUUGCAUUCCCGCGUCCUCCGGGUCCUCCGAAAAUAGUCAGCGCCUACAAAGAUUGCAUUAACUUGAAAUGGCUCGCUCCAUCUAACACCGGAGGAAGCAUUACCGGCUACAAUGUGGAAAAACGCAAAAAGGGCAGCAACUUCUGGAGUCAAGUGAACCCGAAAGAUGAACCAAUCAGAGACAAAAAGUUUCUGGUUAAAAACAUCAUAGAGGGAUCGGAGUAUGAAUUCAGAGUGACUGCCAUGAACACAUGUGGCCCUGGAGAACCAAGUGUGCCCUCUGAAUGUGUAUUCGCAAGAGACCCCAAAAAGCCUCCUGGUAAAGUCAAAGACAUCAAACUAACUGCAUCGAGCUACACUACUCUGUCUCUAUCCUGGGCUAAACCAACCGUAGUUACAGGUGUGGAGGACGAAGCAAAAGAAUAUUUUUUGGAAAUCAGGCCUACUGACCAACUAGAGUGGAGUCGCUGCCAUACAAACGCAGUGAUUCAGACGUCCUUCACUGUCAUGGGUCUGAAAUCAAUGGCCUCUUAUUGGGUAAGAGUAACUGCGACCAAUGAAGGAGGGGAGGGGCUUCCACAGGCUCUUGACAAUUACAUAACAGCCAUGCCACCACCAGUUAAACCAAAGUUCACUGACAGCAAAAUGAAAAACUUCAUGGUUGUUAUAGCUGGGAACACUGUGCGUGUCAGCGUCAGUUUUGAGGCCUGUCCUAUACCUGACAUCACAUGGUUAAAGGAUGGGUUUCCUGUAGCCAAACAUGUGACGAUUAUUGAUUUGGAAAAAGUUUCCCAACUUUUUAUUCACACAUCAGAACUUUCAGACACUGGCAUUUAUACGGUCACUGUCAAGAACGUGGUGGGCCAGGACACUUUCACUAUUGAAAUUAGAGUGACUGAUGAUCCGAGACCUCCAGGUCCAGUAGAACUGGAGCAGAAUGUUCAAGGCACCGUAACAGUCACAUGGGCUCCAUCUCCUGAUGAGAAACGGGAUGACCGUCUGCAUUACACAGUGAUGAAGAGGGACUCCAUCAAGCAGACGUGGCGAACAGUGGUUGACCAUUUGUUUAACAACAAAUUUACAGUCGUCAACAUCUUGCCUGGAAGAGAAUACAACUUCAGAGUGUUUGCGAAGAACGAUAUAAGCAUUUCAGAGCCAUCUGUGUCUCCAGUUUGGGGAACAACAAAAAAGAGGGAAAAGUUCACAUGUGACCUGCCAGAAUCAAAGACCCUCGACUUCCAGGCAGCCCCCAAAUUUAUCGUCCCUUUGAAGCGUCACGUGGCUCCACCGGGUUACGAGUGCUACAUGAGCUGUGCCGUGAUUGGCAACCCGACUCCACAUGUUACCUGGUACCGAAACAACGUCAGCCUCAACACAAACCCCAACUAUUACAUCACAAAUGUGUGUGGUGUGUGUUCAAUGCUUAUUCUGAUGGUUGGACCCAAAGACAUGGGAGAGUACAUGGUUGUGGCUGACAGCCCUCUGGGUCGGGCUGAGUGCUCCACCACACUUACAAUCAGAGAGUAACCAAAGGACUGCAAAACAGAG